AAAAAAAAAAAAAUAAGAGAAAAGCCUGAAACGGGGGUAAGGGAAAGUUUAUCGGAUAUGAUCAGCGGAGAAUAUGCGGUGCGGAGUGGGACCAUUUUUCCCUUUGCUUUUAUAAAUAUGGCAUUGGGAAGAAUCGGCAUAUUUUCCGUUCUUCAACUCUGUUUUUCACCCCAAAAGUUCGCUUUACUUCAUCAUGGCUUACGGCAGAAAACCUUCCACUGGUAUUCCAACCGACCGACACCAUCCUCACACUCUGUCCACGCUUGAUUUCCAAGGCGCCAGUUCGGCCGCCGCCGCCAAGGCCAUGAAAGUGGAGCUGAGCAAGUUAGGCUCGCAAAUUCCCAAUGAAGAAGACCGCAAGUAUUUUACCCAGGAAAUGGAUGGGUUCUAUAUGUUGUUCACCCGGUUCUUGGAUGAGAAGGCCAAAGGCAAGAAAAUUGACUGGGAAAAAAUCCAAUCGCCGUCGCAGGAUCAGGUGGUUGCUUACAAAGAGAUUCCCGAGACCACAUCUCCCGACGAUUUGAGCAAAUUGGCUGUGUUGAAACUGAACGGUGGAUUGGGCACCACCAUGGGUUGUGUGGGUCCCAAAUCGGCCAUCGAAGUCCGUGACGGCAUGACAUUUUUGGAUUUGAGUGUCCGCCAAAUUGAGUACCUCAAUAAGAAAUAUGAUGUCAGUGUGCCCUUCAUUUUGAUGAAUUCAUUCAACACCGAUGAAGACACCAAACGCAUUGUCCAGAAAUAUGCUACCCAUAAUGUGGACAUCAUCACGUUCAAUCAGAGCCGUCAUCCCCGUAUCAAGAAGGAAUCCAUGCUCCCUGUACCCCGUUCUCCCAACUCUCCCAUCGAACAAUGGUACCCUCCUGGUCACGGUGAUUUGUAUGAAUCAUUGUAUAACUCUGGUCUUCUUGACCAAUUGCUGGCUCAGGGUAAAGAGUACCUUUUCGUUUCCAACGUUGAUAAUCUGGGCGCCACGGUGGAUCUCAACAUCUUGCAUCACAUGGUGGAGAAGGAUGCCGAAUUCUUGAUGGAAGUCACCGACAAGACCAAGGCCGAUAUCAAGGGUGGUACUCUCAUUGACUAUGACGGCCACAUCCGUUUGUUGGAAAUUGCUCAGGUGCCCGAAGAGCAUGUGGAAGAUUUCAAAUCGGUCAAGAAGUUCAAGAUCUUCAACACGAACAACUUGUGGCUGAAUUUGAAAGCGAUAAAGCGAGUGAUGGAUGAGGAAACCAUGGAUUUGGAGAUCAUUGUCAACCACAAGACGACGGAAAACGGUGAAAAGGUGAUCCAGUUGGAAACCGCCGUCGGUGCGGCUAUCAAGCAUUUCCGUAACGCUCAUGGUAUCAACGUACCUCGUACUCGUUUCCUUCCCGUCAAAUCGACUUCAGAUCUUUUCUUGGUUACUUCCAACCUGUAUUCGUUGGUACACGGUCAAUUGGUCGUGAACCCCAAACGCAUGUUCAGCAACGUACCUCUUGUGAAAUUAGGUGAUCACUUUAAGAAGGUCAGCAAUUUCUUGAACCGAUUCAAGACCAUCCCUCACAUUCUGGAAUUGGAUCAUUUGACGGUCACGGGCGAUGUUACUUUUGGUGCCCAUGUAGAACUGCGUGGUACUGUCAUUAUCGUCGCUAACCACGGUGAGCGUAUCGACAUUCCGUCUGGUUCCCUCUUAGAAAACAAGGUCGUCACUGGCAACCUCCGCAUCCUUGAUCAUUAAACUCUGUACUUGCAUCAUCUUUUAUUUUUUUUCUCUUUCUCUUUCUCGCUUUCUUUUCCUUUUUUCUUCUUCAAUGCAAAUAUUGUAACUUUCUCCUUUUAGGCAAAGGCUAAAAAAAUAGCAACUAAAUAAAUGAAAAAAUUGCAAAUAUCAUCGUAAGAAAUACACUGAUUACAUCUCGAAUGGAACCAAUCAUGAUAUUCCGAUCAC